GCUCAGGUGUGGAUGACGCAGUUGGAGAGGUGUCCAUACAUGUGGAGAUUUUCACACAUCCCAGCACUGGAGAACACAAGGUUACUGUCAAAGUCGUCGCUGCCAAUGACCUGAGGUGGCAGACACAGGGAAUAUUCAGGCCAUUUGUUGAGGUCUAUAUUAUCGGGCCACACCUCAGUGACAAGAAGAGGAAGUACGCCACCAAGUCAAAGAACAACAGCUGGGCUCCUAAAUACAAUGAAACGUUCACAUUCACUCUGAGUAAUGAAGUGGGCCCUGAGUGCUAUGAGCUGCAGGUGUGUGUGAAGGACUACUGCUUUGCCCGUGAGGACCGCACAGUGGGCAUGGCCGUCCUGCAGCUCAAAGAUGUGGCCUCUAAGGGCAGCGUCGCUUGCUGGCUGCCCCUGGGUAAACGCAUCAACAUGGACGAGACAGGUCUGACCGUGCUGCGCAUCCUCUCCCAGCGCAACAAUGAUGAUGUGGCCAAAGAGUUUGUCAAGCUCAAAUCGGACCAACGCUCUGCAGAGGAGGGCCGCAGUUAAGAGCUCUUAUGCCACUCCAUAUUGCCCUCUAGAGCUCAUCUGAGCUCUCGCUAGCCACUGCCCUUGCAUAAGCACAGAGAAAACACAUUAAUCAAAGUGAACAGGACAUAGCAUUAUGUUAGAGUGUAUCUGAUAUUUCAUAGUGUGUCAUUACAAACAAUGUUUUCAUAUGGCGAUCAGGGUGAGAAAUAGUAGCCUUUCUAUGUCUCAUAUGGCCCGUAGUUAGUUCCCCACAACAUGUUGGAAUUUUUUGUCACAUUUCUGCCUUGCAGCUGCUCAGAAAGGACCAUAAGUGCCAAAAGAUAAUUAAUAAUGCCAAGAUCCGUAAGAAGCACAACAGGUCAAACUGUCUGAAUGACCGACACUGGCUGCAAGGCCUCAGACAUUCCAAAAGUCUCUGACAGUCCAAAAGUCUUUUAUUUUCAUUCAUCAUUUUGAUGUGUGAAAUUAUUAAUGCUCUUUCUUCCAGAUUAUAUUUAUAUUUAUUAAAUUAUUUAUAUUAUAAUCAAAUAACUAUUAUAGAGAAAUUAUAUUUAAGACAGAUUUUAAGUCCUAUGUGAAAAAAAUGGGUUUAUGUUUGGUACAUGAAAAAUUUCAUGUAGUCUGUCUGUACUUGUAACAGAGCACACUGCCUGAUACCCCAAUGCCUUCUGUCUCGUGGGCCCUUGUGUGUAGUCUCUUCCAUAGUGCCUGUUUAGAGCGUGGAUCAUCAGAAUCUGUGUGUGACAUGUCGACCUCAUGUGGUCACCUGUGCUGCCUGUUACCUACAAAUGUAUUCACUGAAAGCCAUUUAAGGGAAGGACACACCCAGGGAGUGUUUCCCCAUGAUGGUAGUUGUACAUGUGAAUAGACAUUCCGCAAACUGCCCUUGACUGCCUAGCUAUUGAACACUUAAACAGGUGAUAAAUUCAUUUCUAGACUGAAAUGAUCAGUGGGUACAAUUUUAGUCCCAGAUUACCUAAAGGGCUGUGUCUUCAGACCGCAUCAGGUUUGUAAAACUAACAUUUGAAAUCUUCUAGUCAAAGUAGUUAAGCACAGGGUCUUUGUUGCAUCAAUAAUAACACAUUUCCAACAAAACAAUAUUAUAUGUUGUUGUUAUUUUUUAUGGAAAUACAGGAAUUGCAUGUCAUUGCAUCCAGUGUCACAGAACAUACAUUGUCUUUUAUGGAUGCCCUUCUUUAAACUUUGACUGAAUUAUUCAUCUAUAAACUGUAAGGUUUGUUCUUGAAGUGUUUUGGUUAAAUUUUGUUUUAAAUUGGAAAUGUCAGGGUGUUUUUAAGUUGCCACUGAGAAGCACUUAGAACUGAAUAAUUUCUACCCCCUUUUGAACAAGAUGUAAUUGAUUUCUAUGCAUCUAAUUUUGAAAUAUUGUAGAUUUUAAAAUGGUCUUAAAAUGUUUACAUUGUGGAUUUAAUAUAUCAGCACAAGUGUUUUGUCUGAUAUCUUGUUGACGCUGUCUCUAUUGUUACAGGCCAAAUAUUGCAGUUGUAGUCACACUGAAUAGAGAAAGAACAUUAUUGAUGUUGUAAAUAUCUAAAAAAUGAUAAACCUCGUCAUGUGAAGUUUGCUGCUCUUUUGUAGACUUACAUUUUGCUUCAUAUGGGUACCCACUUGGAUAUGUAGCUUAUGUGAAUGGUAUGUCAAAGCGUAUGUUUGAACAGAGUUGUAUAAUUGUACAUAUUAUGGAUGAUAUACCUUCUCAAAAGAAAAUGGAAAUGUGUAUAGCAUCUUUUCUUCAGAGGAGUUUUACAACACAUCAUUUAGAGCCGGAAAUGCCACGAAAAAUCUUUAUUUAUUGCUGUUGACAAUGAAAUGUAUAAGAAGGUGUAAGAGGAUUUGGCUAAUGUGCUGGCAUGUGGGCAAGGUUGCACGAUCAUAGACAUAGAAGCACAAAGAUCAGCACAGUGAUUCAAGCUGACAGACAAACAAGCAUGUUCUGUCCUUUCUCUGCACUGCCACCUGUACUUCCACAAAUGGUGCAUGAUAGGAACAAUAAAACAAAAAGUCAAACAUGUAUUGUGCCAGCACGCAUAAUUAUUUGAUGUUAAAUGCCAAUGGUCGUCAAAUUUCUUUGGAAAAAAACAAAUGUCAUUGUUUUCUAUUUGUCGAUGAUGUGAAUAUAUAAAUAUGUAUUACGGAUGAAGUGUAGUGGUACAAAGUACUCGCAUGAGAAUUUUUUUAUACUUGAGAUGUUUCUAAUUUUGUUUUGUUUUUUAUUCUGGAUGUUCUUAUUGGGGAUGGACUUGGAUUGCAGUUGCAAUGUGAUUCUGCUUCCAAUAAAAUAUGACAUGAAGUCUUAA